GAAACACAAAUAAGCAGCGAGGUCACUGAAGAAUCAACUAAUUCUGAACAAAACUGUAUAUUAAUUCCUUCAUAUGCUUGUCGUGAUAAAGGAGGAGAAGAAUGGAAAGUUUAUGUACGAGGCUGGGCUUUUAGCUCCAAAACUCAAAGCCGGAAGCAAAAAUGGAUGAUCGGUGUUGCACGUCGGGUAGCUGGUGUGAACAAUGAUGAGCAAAAAAGCAAAACACUUGAAGAUAGAUUUAGCAUGUUUUUAGCAAAAAAUCUUCGAAAUCAAGAAUAUAAUGUUCAAAUAGAUGGCCUUGCUCUAGGUGAUGAUGAUUUUUCUCAAGACUGUGAUGAUAAGUCACAGUGCUAUGACUCUCACACCUCAUCCACUCACAUUACCAGUGACACCGGUCAUUUUUCGGGCAUAAUUAGGAUUCGUGCCGAAAUUAUCGAUAAGUGGAUUGCUAGCAUAAACAAAAGUGAUAAGCCCGUAAGAUGGCUAAAAUUAUCUGCAAUGCCUGAAGGGGGAAUGCAAGCAGACAAAGCGGAAAAAACUUAUGGUUUCGCCAAUUUGAUUGAUGCUUACGGCAUAUCUAUAAUAUCCGAUAUUGAUGACACUAUCAAACACACGGGCAUAGGCGGUGGUCCACGUGUAGCGCUUUCUAGUACCUUUUUGUACGAUCCGAAAGAG